UACUGUUCAAUGAAACAUUCAGGAUAGUAGUCGUUUCCCGGCAUUUAUGAGUCAGUGAGGGCCGAACUGUGGGGUGACAAGUGAUUUUCCAAAAUACAGUAAACCGCGGAAGGUCUUGACUUUUCCGCGGUCGCAGCCAGGAGUUAAUGUUGAAUUUGUCUUUAUGAAAACCGUAAUUCCGUUGCUGUAUGGAAAUAUUAACCAUUCAUAAAAAUGUUUGUGCCAAGAGCCUUGAAAGUGAAGAGACCUGUUCAGGGCUCCAGCCAAGUUUUGAAUAAGAAAAGCAAGGUGGAUCAGGAAGAGAGAAAAGAUGAAGGCAGUUCAGCUGUUCAGAAGGAAGAAGCAUGCGAAGACAGCAAAACACAGGAUGAAACAAUACGAGCAGAUGAAGACACCAAAGGACAGGAUACAAAACAAGCCAUUGGAGACUCUGCGGGUUUGACAGAAAGCUCACUGAAUGAAGAUGGACAUAAGUCUGCUCUAGGUGCUACAGAGGAGGAGGAGGAAGAGGAGGAAGAGGAGGAGGAGGAGGAGGAGGAGGAGCCUGUCAAGUCAUUCAAAAAGAACCAGAGAUGGCCAGAACCAGGAGACCCUGUCUGUGUGAUGUGUGGUCGCUAUGGGGAGUACAUUUGUGACAGCACCGACAACGAUGUUUGCAGUCUUGAGUGCAAAGCCAAACAUCUGGCCCAAAUGGGUUUGGGAACAGGGGCGGAUGUGUUUAACCGUAAGGACAAAAAUGGAGAUGAAAGGCCUCUGUCUCAUCAGCCAGCGGGUGGCUCCGGAGGAGUCAGUGAAAGUGAGGCAGGCUAUUCCUACAGGGAAGACAGGUUCAUAUCAGGCCUAACACAGGAGCAAAUGCAGCGGAUUAAACAGGAGCUGGGCAUUGAAACCCAGGGGAGUGAUGUCAGCAGACCCAUCAUUGAGUUUGAACAUUGCGGCUUCCCUGCCACGCUGAGUGGCAACCUGAAAAAGGCUGGCUAUGAGGUCCCCACACCGGUCCAGAUGCAGAUGGUGCCUGUAGGUCUCACUGGCAGGGAUGUGAUUGCCAGCGCUGAUACUGGCUCAGGGAAGACUGUAGCCUUCCUGCUGCCAGUGGUAGUGAGGGCACUGGAGAAACCAGCGCACAGUGUGAGUAGCCCUGUGGCUCUCAUCCUGACUCCCACCAGGGAGCUGGCCAUUCAGAUUGAGAGACAGGCCAAGGAGCUGGUGUUGGGUCUCCCCAACAUGAGAACCGCGCUGCUGGUGGGCGGCAUGCCGCUCCCCCCACAACUCCACCGCCUCAAAAGCAGCAUUAAAAUUAUCAUAGCCACCCCCGGACGACUUCUUGAAAUCCUGAAGCAGAAGGCAGUGCAGCUGGACAAAGCGAAGGUUGUGGUUGUUGAUGAGGUCGACACUAUGUUGAAAAUGGGCUUCCAGCAGCAGGUACUGGAGGUUUUGGAGCAAGUCCCUGAAGAACGGCAGACGCUGCUGGUGUCAGCCACCAUCCCAGCAGGGACGGAGGAGCUGGCUGCCCGAUUGGUUCGUGACCCUGUCCGUAUCGCUAUUGGGGAGAAGAACCAGCCCUGUGCCAAUGUGAGGCAGAUCCUGUUAUGGGUAGAGGAACCGUCGAAGAAGAAGAAGCUGUUUGAGAUUCUCAAUGACGGUAAGCUGUACCAGCCUCCAGUGGUGGUGUUUGUAGACUGUAAACUGGGGGCUGAUCUGCUGUGCGAGGCUGUCGCCAAGGUGACGGGCCUCAGCACUGUGGCAAUCCACUCUGACAAGAGCCAGUGGGAACGCAACCGCAUCCUCAGGGGUCUUCUGGAUGGAGACUUUGAAGUGGUGAUCAGCACAGGUGUGCUAGGCAGAGGACUGGACCUCGUCAACGUCAGAUUGGUGGUUAACUUUGACAUGCCAAACACAAUGGAUGAGUAUGUCCAUCAGGUGGGCAGGGCAGGUCGGCUGGGACACAGAGGAACAGCCAUAACUUUUCUCAACAACAACAACAAGCGGCUGUUCCUGGAGGUGGUGAACAGGGUCAAACCCACGGGGUCCAUCUUGCCCCCUCAGCUCCUCAACUCACCUCACCUGCAUGAGCAGCAGAGGAGGCAGAGACAGAAAGCCAAGCAGGGGCCUGGUGAUGUGCUGGUCACUAAGAACAAUCUAUUAGACAUCAUAAGAAAACAUGACCGUCGCAAAAAGUAGCAAGUUCCUCUGAACGUGCCUGCACUGGUGAUAUCUGUAUGUAGAGUAAAUGCUAAAUGUUUACUUUGUAUAUUGUUUAAUCAAAUAAAUGUAAUUUUAAUGUA